AGCCGUCCGAACACCUAUCAGAGAUUUUUUUUUUCUUUUAUCCGUGUUCCUUCUCCGAAGUCCAAAACUCCAAGCCCUAAUAUUGUUUCUGCUCCGACGCCGUUCUUCGGUUCUCUAGGGUAGAGGAAUACUGGAACUUGAUAGCCAUGUCUCAGGUUGAUAGUCGGAACUCCUUUGCUGGCAAGAGGGCUCGAACUGAUGGUGGCCGACGAGAAGAUGAUUGGACAUGCCCCAGUUGUGGCAAUGUUAAUUUUUCAUUCAGGACAACGUGCAACAUGCGAAAUUGCACACAAUCAAGGCCUGUAGAUCAUAAUGUAGUAAGUAUAUUGAGAAGUGCAUUUUAUUAUCAAGCCUUGUGUGCAGUCAUUGUAUUUUCAUGUAGAUAGGAGAAGUUUAAUUUU